UGCAUUCGUCAAUACACGUCAGCGUAUACAUUUGAAUUAGUGCACUGCUGUUGGUCGGAGGUUUUGCAAAGCACUGCACACUGCAACUGGAAUGGUGUUAUAUGUACUGCAGAAAACCACUCCUCUGUCAUUAUAUCGAAAACUACAAAAAUAGGACUAAAUGAUACAUUUACUCGUAAUUACACAAAUGGUUUGUUAGCCUAAGCUCAUGCAAACUAUAUUCAGCAGUUAUUCAUUUGCACGAAGUCGAGCAACUUCUGUUUUUUGUGAUCGCGACGGAGAAAACUUCACUUGGGAUUAGGUUUUGGCUGACGACCUGGUCCCAAAACAAAGCACGAUUUACGAGAAACUGACACUUUGACCGCUUUUCACAAUGGAUACGGACAGAAUAACUACGAUAUGCCUCAUGUCAUUCGCCGCCAUCUUGCUUGGAAGUUGCUGCUUCGGGCACGACCAUGCUCACAAACUUGGUGACAAGGCAGUAGUCCAAGAUGCCCAGCAUAUGCAGGAGCAUCUUGAUGAUGAGGGUGUGAAGGCGAAUGCUACAAAUAUGUCAUAUGAUGAACAGAUCUUCUAUUACUUUAAACUCCAUGAUUAUGACAACAGUAGCACCAUAGAUGGUCUGGAACUUUAUAAGGCCCAAAUGCACAUGGUGGACAAGGAUGAAAAACUGACCCAGGCACUCAAGGAUGAUGUUGUGGAAGAAAUCGAUAAAGCGUUAAAACAGUACGAUUUCAACAAUGACGGGCUAAUAGACUACAUAGAGUACAAGCAUGCCUAUUUCGAAUCAUAAUUUCAUGUUCGAUAAUAAAAAGCAAUAGUAUUAAAAACAUGGAGUUCAAAAUAUUUUUGAGCCAUAAUGAUAACAUCAUGUAAAUGACGGAACC